AUGACUACACGCAUCUGCCUGGGGCUCCUCAUCUCCUCCUCCAAAAUUAGCCUCAAGCCUUUGUUGCAAAGAAUUGCCUCCCAGCUCCCUGAUGUUACAUUUCAUUUCUCUCGAUUUAUCGUCUCUGAUAUCAGUGGCGAUCAAAAUUCCUUGCAACAGUUUCAAAGUAAGAUGAUCAUUCCUACUGCCAGAUUCCUGGCCGAUGCGGAUGUCGAUAUCAUCGGUUGGAUGGGCACUCCCUCGAGUUGGUUAGGCUUUGAGACCGACUAUGUCUUGUGCUAA